GCAGCCUCGCCGCCGCCGCGCGCACCGAUGACGAUCACGGCGCGCGCCGGAGGUAGCGGGCCCGGAAGCCGCGCCGUUGCCGGGCAACGCGGGAGGGACGCAGCGGAAGUGAAGUCCAUGGCGGCGCCCGCUCCUCUUUCGGCCGACUCGCUGCUGGCGCUGACCGGACUGCUCUCCUCGGGCUCCGGGAACGGCGACAGCGCGGACCCGGCGCAGGGCCCCGCGGGCGACCGCUCCGGGCCGGGGAGUAUCGGCCCCCCGAAGGCCGGCGGCGCCUCAGCCGCCCCGCAGCCUCCCGAGGAAGGCAAGGCCAUCUGGAGCGCCGAGGAGGUGACCGAAGGGAACACGGGCGACGCCUCAUGGGACCCCCGGGAGCAGCCGGAGUACGUCCUGGCGACCCUUUCCCCUCAGGGUCCCCGCGCCGUAGGUGGAAAAACGGCCGUCCUGCGAAAGGCUCCCUUGGCGCCCUCUCCGUCGAUGAUCCCCCCUGAACGAAACCGGGGAAGAUAUGAGAUUGUGUUCAAGCAACAGGUGAGGGCUGAGGAUCUGUUCCUAGGCAUGAGCAGAAAGGACCCCUCCACUGCCUGCUGCGAGGACAUGCUGAUUAAAAUUAAACUGCCGGACACAAAAGCUUCAGACAUUACCCUUGAUAUACAAGAAAAGCUCCUUGAUUUUCGGAGUCCCCAGAAGCGGCUCCUUUUGCAUCUACCUCAUCCAGUGGAUACCACCAAUGGGAAAGCCCGUUUUCUGUCUGAACAGGCUACACUGGAAGUCACUUUGAGGAUGAAGCGAGAAUUGGAUUUCAUCAACUUCGCAUGAAGAGAAAGAAGAAUCAGCCGCUCAGAGGUCCGGGGGAGAUUUUCUAGUGAGGUAAUUUGAGAGAAGAAGAUCCUGCCACCUGUUCCAAAGAAUUACUGAAGUGUCCAACAGGCCUUCAUGCCAGCAUCAGGAUACCUUGAGGUCUGGCUAUCCUACCCUCUUCUUGAUUUCUGACACUGAAAUAUUUCUAGGAGGCCUCUGGCUUCUCCACUUUCCUUAAUUGUUGCUUCCUUGGGGUCCAUUCCUCCAACAUCGGGAUCAGCAUGUGAGGGACAACAGAUGCAAAGUGGGAUCAUACUGGCUGAGCUGCUGACUGCUUUGACUUCUGUGCCAUUUAUAGAUAAUAAAAGUCCUGUCCUUUUU